UCUGUUGCAAAUAAUAUGAGAUUAUUAGAACGUUUAAUAUGGUAUUGUGAAAUAUGUAGAAGAUUAAAAAAACUUCAGGUUUUCUUUAAGAUAUCCGUCUGUGAUGACUACAGCCUGCCAAUCGAUUUUGUAAAAAAACGACCGUCCAGUUUUGAUCCAUGCUUGGCCGAAACAUUACCAGAUAAUUGGGCAGUUAUAGCACCGAGUCCUUUAUCAGAACAUGUAUCAUUUUUAGAUCCGCCAGUGCCAGCAUUUAAACAUCCUCCAAUUACUUUAAUACAACAUCAACAAUAUCAUCAACAGCAACAUAUACAGCAGCAGCAACAACAACAACAUCAUCAUCAACAACAACAACAGCAACAACAACAAUAUAUUCAACAGCAACAACAAAAAUCUCAUAUAAUACAAUUAUCUCAACCUCAAUAUACAAACGUUAAACUUAUUGAAGGAUAUUCAGAUCCAAAAGAUUCUAGAACACAACCAAGAACAAAUCGAAGAUCUCGUAAGGAUACAACAACAAUAAAUAGAAAUAAUUAUAAUUCAGAUUCAUCGGCACCAAAAUCUUCAGCAGAUGAUGAUGAUAAUAAAACGAAUGACAAUCAAUUAGGAUCUAGAAAAGUUCCAGAACUUAAUUCACCAGAUAGUAUAUCAGAAGAUUUAGUACAUCCUUUGCAACCAUAUAAAAGUCCAAAACGUUUAACUGGAAUACCAGAAGUUCAUAAACGUAAUCCUUCACCAUAUUAUUAUUCUGAUCUUUUAAAAUCUAAAGAAAAGGAAGAAACUAAAGAAGAGAAAACAAAGUGUCGUCAAUCAACAGCUUCAGAACCACCGCAAACCGCACAAACUGAAACACAAACACCAUAUCGUAAAAGCACAAGUUUAGAUGUUCCUGAAACUAAUGAAUCAGUUAAUUCCAAUGAAUGUGUAAUAUCUUCAGAGACAAAUAAACAAGAACAAAGACAACAUUGUCAAGAACAACAAAAACAACAACAUCAACAACAAAAAACAUCUACGGCAACAAAACAAAAAAGACUACAUAAAACAUUGCCAACACCUGAAAAUCAUUCUCGAAGAUAUUCAAUAACCGAAGACGGUGUUCGUAUUAUAAGAUGCACAUCACCAUCCACAACAACAUCAGAUGAUUCAGAUUGUAGUGAAUGUCAACAAAGACGUGAAUGGCAUGCUAAAGCUUUAGCUUUAGUUCGCAAAACUUGUAAUGUACAUGCUAAUCAACCUUUACAAGUAGGUGGUUUUAUUGAAUCAAGUGGAAACGGUGUUGAUUUACAAUCGGUAAAUAUAUUAGGAAAUUGUGGUGCUAGUGGUGAUCCUUGUGAUCCAUCAAUGCCUCCACAUAGAAUACUAGGUCCAACAGUAUGUGCAUGUACUGCACCAGCUACUUUAAACGAUGACAUGGAUGAAUAUUUUCGUCCAAGAAGCGUGUUUUAUGUUCAUCCGCAGGGUGUUCACGAAUGCGCAGAUUGUAUUCCAGGUCCCGGAUCUGCCGGUACAACCGGUAGUGGUCGAUCAAACAUAAUUAAUCAAAAUAAUACAACAAAUGUAACCCCUAUUGCAACUUUAUCAAGCGAUAAAUCCAAUAAAUCUAAUAGAUCAAUCCGAUCUAGAUCAAGUGGACGAGAACAACAUACAAACGAAGAAGACAACAUGUCAAGUGGUGGUACAGGUACUGGUGGUAGCGGUCGUACUAGACAAAUAUAUGAAACGGCAUUCGAUUGUAAAGUGCCAAAAUCUGAUGAUGAUUUAGAUGAGGUUGUGGAACGUUUAACUAGUCAUAAUGCCCUUUUAGAAAUAGAAAACGGUAAUAAUUUGAAAACAAAACCACCACUUGAAUUAAAGAGUAAAUCUUUAAAGACUAGUAAAUCAAAUAAAUUACGAUAUGAAGGUAAACGUCAAAAAAAUACUAAAAAUCAGCAAAUUCAACAAGACAAUGGCAGUAAUAAAAAUGCUAUUGGUAGUAUUCAAACACUAUCAAACGAAUUAGAAAAUAUUCAUAUUGAUAAUAACAGUGUUGAUCAACUGAACAAUACAACAAACGAAGCAACAGCAACUACAUCAGUUUCACAGUUACCUACACGUGGUUAUACACCAUCACCGCCUUCAACAGCUCCAUUACCCGUUAAAUUUCCUGGAAAACAUGAUCGUUUUUUUAUGAAUAGUAUAAAAAGUGCUCCAAGUUUACCAUCUUCAAAUCCGGCCCAUCCAAGACUUAGAGAUUUACGUCUUCCAAUAAAAUCGUUACGUCAACAGCAAUUAGGUUUAUCUGCAAGUGUUGAAGAUUCUGCUGGAACGGCACAAUCUGAUUCCGUAAAUAAUUUGUUAACUGGUAGUAAUGCCAGUAGUCUUUUAGAUUCGGGAACUGGGCAAAUGGUCGUAACAGAAUCUUCUACCCAUUCAUCAAUGUCUAGAACUCGAGACAGGCCUCGUUCUAUUGUUGUAUUAGAGUCUGGACGAGUACUAGAACUAAGAACAGGUAGUGCUCAUAAAACAAUGAAUAGUAAUGGAGGGCAUCAUCACCAUAACCAUCACCACGGUGUUACCAUACAUAAUACGAAAACAGAAGUAAAUAUUCAAAAAAAUCCAAAUAUAACACAACACCAACCACACAUAAAUAAAACAACAACAAUAAAUUAUUCUUCAACAGAAAGUAUGGCAACAUCAAGUAGUGGUGGUAGUAUGGAAUCUUUACGUUCAAGUACAAGUGAAGGGAAUCGUAGCACUACCAGCUCAGAGUCAAGGCAUUCAACAUCGUUGAGUUCACAUAGCUCUGAGUCGGGUACUAGUGUAGCGUUUCCUUUAAGAGCUCCAAUACUAUUACAUUCAAAAUUGCAUAUCCUAAGUCCAAUAUCGGACAAAUCUUCAUUGGAACCGGCUUCUGAUGCUUCAGAAUUUAAUAAAAAACAAACGCCACCAGGUGGUUUAAAUAAUGGAGAAGAUGGCACUAAAAUUGGGCAACUAAGUAAUAUACAAGAACAAGAACAAAAAACGUGUGAUAAUACAAAUACAAACGAUAGAAAUGGCAGUAAUAAUAUAAAUAAUGUUGGUAGUGGCGGCGGUGGUGGUGGCGGUUGUCCUAGUAUACAAAAACAAGUUAAAAAACGAAUACCACAAAAUAAAGCACUUUUAAUGUUAACUGAUGAAAUAUUAGGAUCGGAUAGUGGAAUAUCAUUACAUUCUAGAGAAGAUAAUAAAAUUCAAAGUGCUUUUCAUCGUUUUGGUUUACCAAAAUUAAAUUUUUCUGCUUCGGAAAAAUUACCAGAUUCUGGAGUUAAUUCUGUUAGUAUAGGUUUACCACAAGAUUUACGUGAUCUUCCAUUUGAUAUGCCAAAAUUGAGACGAAGAAAAAUUAUUCUACAACAGGAUGUUUGUACUUCUGGUAGUGCAACUUCUGUUGAUUUAGGAGAUCUUCCAUUUGAUAUGCCAAAAUUAAGAAGGCGCUUAAGAAUGAACAGCCAACAGCAACAACAAAUAAAUAAUUUAAUAGUUCAAAGUACCGAAUCUAGCGGUAUAUCACAAGCAUCAUCAAGUCAUUCUGUUGAUCAAAAACCAGGCUUAGAAGGAAAUCUAUUUCGUCAAAAUUUAACAUUAAAUUUUAAUGAAAUUAAAUCAGCAAAUAAUCAUAAAUUUGGUAGUCUCGAUCUAAGAGGUGCACCUAAUUUAAAAGGAUUAAAUUUAAAUUUAAGCUCAUCUGGUAUAGGAUAUCAAUCAGCUGUUGAUCUAAUUGAUGUUACCAUACCUUUAGAAAGACAAGGAUGGUACCAUGGAGCAAUAACAAGACUUGAAGCUGAAUCAACAUUAAGACCUUUAAGUGAAGGAAGUUUUUUAGUAAGAAAUUGUGAAUCAACUAAACAGGAUUAUUCAUUAUCUUUAAAGGGAGCUAAAGGUUUUAUGCAUAUGCGAAUACAACGUAAUGAAGCAAAUCAAUAUAUUUUGGGUCAAUUUAGUCGACCAUUUGAUUCAGUACCAGAAAUGAUAAGACAUUUUUGUAUAAAUCGUUUACCAGUACGUGGUGCUGAGCAUAUGUGUCUUUUGGAUCCAGUUAUUGUGCAAUUACUUUAAAAUUAAAAUUUAUAUUAAAAUGAAAGUAUAUAAAAAUAAAAUAAUAUACCAAAAGGAAAAAACAGCAAUUUAAAAAUACACAUAUUAUUAUAAUGAUAAUAAAUUAAAUUUGUUAUACAUUAUACAUAUAAUAAUAUUAUAUAUAUAUAUAUACAUUUAUACAUGUACUAUAAUAUUGAAAAUUUCAUUGUUAAAUUUUUUUUCUUUUCAUAGUUUUUCUUCCUUUUUUUU